AUGAGAAACACAAUCUUUGGACUGUUUACCCUAGCGACUGCCGUCGUAGGGAGAAGUUGCGGGUCUCGCCCAACGACGACAACAACAACCCCCCAGCCUCCGGACAGUACACCCAGUCCUCCCAUAGUCAAGCCGUCGGUUGAACCUUGCAAGCUUCCAGGACGCAGUGAUGUUUAUUCGAGCGUCGGCUUCGAUUUACCCAACGACUGUGUCUCCGGAACCGGGACGUUGAACGCCUUUAUGAUAUUUGUCGAUUUUUCAGAUGCACCAGCGCCUUCCAAUGAUCCACCAUCAAACCUACGCGAUUUCUUAGAGCCAGCAGCCGAGUGGUAUUCCAAAGCCAGUCUCGGUGCCCUGUCACUUAAUGUGACCGCAGAUGUUUCGCGUUAUUACCGUAUGCCUGCGUCCGCGGCCUCAUAUCACUGGGAGACUGGACUUACCUAUGCAGAGCAUCAAGUCUACAUCCAAGAUGCUCUUCAGGCCUACACAGCUAAUGGUGCAAACCCACCACUACCGGAGACAGAGAUCCUCUAUGUUGUGCCGACUCGAGCUGCCAGUGGAUACAUCACCAGAUCGAUUGCUUUCAAUGGCCGCACCAAUACACGAGAAGGGGUUUACGUAGCCAAAAGGGCCAUCACCUUCGGUACAGACCUUUUCAACAGUUGGGGAUAUCAGACAUUGAAUCAUGAGAGUGGACAUGCAAUGUGCCUCCCAGAUUAUUAUCCUUACGCUGAUGGAUCAGAUACACGUGAGUAUGUCGGUGGUUGGAGCGCGAUGGGUUUCCUCGGCGGCCCCGGCGUGGACUUUUUUGCUUGGGACAAAUGGAGACUGGGCUGGAUCAAGGACGAAAAUGUCGACUGCGUGUCAGCUAAGGGAACCACUCAGCACACCCUUACACCGAUCGAAGUCAAAGGUGGUACCAACGCUGUUGUCAUCGCCCUCAGCCAAACGACAGCCGUCGUAGCUGAAGCUCGCGCUGCCGAAGGCUUGGACAGCAGCAUUUGUGCUUCUGGUGUGUUGUUAUAUAAGAUUGACACGACUGUUGCCUCUGGCAGCGGGCCCAUCCGGGUGAUAGAUACAAAGCCUUCUAGCGGCGGCUGCAGUGGAAACGAGCUUAACGACGCGCCGCUAUCUUUGGGCCAAACACAGAAGCCGUACGAUUCUUACGAAAUACCAGGCUUGGGAGUUAAUGUCAAGUUGACCUCCGAAACCGGAGGGGAGUAUAGGAUUACCGUCGAGUACUCGUAA